AAGCCAAUUUGAAAGUAAAUAUGGGUAAAGUCUACCCAAAUGCUUCCAAAUCCACCUGCUUGAGGAUAAAUUUGGAAGCUAGCUUCACCCCUGUCAUCCAGAAUAACCUUCAAACAGCUAUUGAGAAUCCUAAUGUGUAUGCGAGGGAGCUGGCAUCCCCUGUUCUCUACAUAAACAAGGAUUAUAAGAAAUCCUCCACCUCAAAAGUCCCAUACAAUAGCUCAGCAAACACCUCGAAGAAAGGACGAUCAAAAAGCAAAAAGAACAAAAAGAGAAGAACACAUAACACUAAGAGGAACCAAUACAACAAAAUAUCCAGAUCGAAGUCUGUAAAUAAUAACCAGAGAAGGCUUGAAAACAGGAUUAACUUCUAUAAAGUCCAGCACAUCUGUAAUCACUUCCACAAAGCCUCUAUCCGCAGGAAGGAAUUCAACAACACACCUGUGCACAAAAAGUCCCACUCUAUCAAUGAGGUUGUGACUAAAGGAGUAGCACCAGUCCCAUCUCGGACGGUUAGACCUGCUGAUAUCCUCGAGACCAGACCUUCUGGCAAGAACAAAAAGAGAGGAACCUCAGCUCUCUGUGAUAAAUCCAUGAAUUCCAAUAGAGUAAUUGAGCCUUUCAGCCCGACCUUCGACCGUCCAGAAGGAUUUGUGGCCUCAAACCAGACCUCUUUCCGCUUUGGCUCCAGUCGAGGAGGGAAAUUAGUGAUGUCGAAAUACUCUAAGAAGUCUAAAGAAGAGUUAAAAGAUCAUGCUUUCGCCCCAUCAAUCAUUUUCAACGAGACAGAAAAGAUCCAACUCAAUGCCUCAAAAAUAAUAUCAUCACAGAACGAACUCAGCCAUUCAGAUACAAUAGAUUUUGAAAAACUCAAGAAAAUAGCUACUAAAGAGAAAUUCAAAGAAACUGGAAAAUUUGUGAACCCCCUUAGCGACUCCUCUGAAGCCACUUCAAAAACUCGACCAAAGACCAAAAGAAGGUCCAAGGACACUUCAAGGAAGGCACGGAGGCACAAGUCAUGCCAUGGGCGCCAGACCAGGCGUAAAACCUCGAACAACAAGUCAGAAGAGCGUUGUGAUAAAACACUGCACCCUGAGCAAUCCAAAUACCCUAAAGAGAACACUUCAAGUGCUGAGAAAUACAAGAGGUCAGUAAUCUCUCCCCACACAAAGAUCAACAAGUUAAUCCGUGAAAGUUUAAAAUAAGAAGAAAGACAUCGAGACCAUCAGAGUUCUAGAACAGAUCAUCAAAGAAGAAGACAACAUGAUCAAGAAGGAACAGCUGGACAACCUCAACAAAGAUGUGCGAAAGACUAAUAGGAAGAAGUAUGAACUCAAGAAGAAGAUCAAGAUUAAGAACAAAAAGAAUCAUGAAACUAUCAAUAAACUCAAGAUCAGAGCCCACACCCAGCUCAAGAACCAUAAGGAAAAGAAGUUACGCAAGAAAUCCCUCGUGUGCGAGUUCAAGAAGAUGAAAGCUGAAAUCGAGCAAGAAAUCAGACAAGAGAAUAAGGGCAAGAAGAAACAUUACAAGAGCCUUUUUAGCUCCAUGAACGACCCUCUUUCUAGUGAGCCUCCUGCAACCGGUCCAAAGCUGAAGAUAAAGAGGUCCAAGAACACCAAGAAUAUCCAAAGAAUCAAGAAGCAAGAGAUUAAUACUGACAGCAAGAAGGACCCAAGGAAGAUAGAGAUCAGGAAAUUUAUCAAAAAGCAGCAACAAAAGAAGACUAAAGAGAAAUAAACUCCUCAAGAACAUGGAUCUAGAGAAACACUUGAAAAUCCAAGAGAACCUAAAAGUCCUGCACAGUUAUAUUUAAAAAGAAGAGAGCUAAACCUCAUGACGAAUCCACUAUGGUCAAGGAUGAAGGGUCUCUCUUCAUAAAUGAUGGCUACAGCAAGUCAGAUAAGCAUAGCUCUCGAAGAACAGAGAGCUCAAAGAGACAUAGAAGGUCUUACAACAAGUCAAGACUCUACCAAGACGAGAAGAAACUAUUUGAAGAUAUUUUUAAACAUAAAAAUAACCAGUCUCUCGAUACAAAAAUUGACAAACAAUUUAAGGGCCAUCUCAAGUAUAAUCUCCUAUCCGAGGAUAAGGAAGGAGAUGCAAAGCAAUGCUCAUUGUAUGAAAACAUAGCUAAGAAGUAUCAACCAGCCCUCAAGAAAAAGAUUAUUCAGGCAGACAAUUACUUUUCCGCUCCAUCUUCAACAAAGGAAAAGAAUACCCAGAAGCUCAACAUAAAGCAAAAGAAGGAGACUAAAGAUACUACCAAGACUGAGCCUGUCCCAGACGAGGCUACAACCAAGGGGGACCCCAAGGUGGCCAGUCCUGCUGAGAAUCAGGAGGAUACAGGGCAAUAUGAUAUCCAGAUUCCUAAGGCAGAAGAUAUUGAGAAUAUUUUCCAAGACCAAGACACUUCUCCCAAGGACAAGAUUAUCCACAUGUCUGUUAUUCAUUCCAUGGAUAAUUUUGAAGAGCUCAAGAACCAGGAGAACGCGAAUAGUGAGCCUGAAGAAGAGCCUCAGCCAAAGAACACAGAGAGUGAUAAAAGCAACAAAGCUGCUGUGCCAAUCCUGGAUCUAAAAAUCCUCUCAGAGAAGAAGUCAUCAAAGGCAUAUGAGGAUCCUUUUGACAAAGAAAGCCACCUCGACUUGAGCUCUAAAAGAAUCAAGAAGUUGAUCCUGACCUCUGACUUCUCCUCGUUGCUCCACAUCCGAGAAGAAGUGAUCAACAAAAAGGCUGAUGAAGAAAAGGACGAAAUUAAGAAUUUACUGAACCAGAAGAAAAUAUCACCCAGGACUAGCAAGGAAAGAACCAUCAGACUUGAGAAAUGGGUCAUAAAAGAAAAAGAAGAUAUCAACAAGACGAAGAAAAUCAUCGAAGAAGCCACUAAGAAAACAGAGGAUAUCAUCAAAGAUGCUCAAAAUAAUGGUCAGCUUUUGAAGCAAAUUAUGGUUGAAAAGAUUACUCCCAGAGAUAACAUCAGGAGUGGCAUCCAUAGUGAGAGGAAGAAGUAUGAGGAAAUGCAGAAAAUGUCAAGCUCAGAGUAUACUAAGUCAGACCUCAAUCAGUCCUCUCAGAGUCACGAUAGAAAUGAUAAUUCACAAAAUUCCUCUAAUUUAAAUGAUGCACAAGACGCUACAAAGAUUAAUAAAGAGAUUGAUCUAACUAAUAAGAAUCUUAGUAAUGAUAUUAAAUCUGAUUCUGAAGCUAACAUUAGUGUUGACACGCCUCUCAUUCCUUCAGACGACCAUGAAAACAGCUUCAAUAAUGCUGGAAAAGUAGUACUUGGCCCUCAAAAAACUGAAGGUGAUAGCUCAGAAGACUCUAAAGAAGAGAUUCUUGACUCUAACAAACCAAUAUCCCUAGAAAUCAAGUGAAAAGAGGACCCUUCUAGUGACAAUGAUGAGCCAAAGAAAGCAGAGGAUAAUACAGCCCAACAUACUUUAUCCAGGAAAAAGUCAGCCCAAAGGUUAAGUAACAUUGAGUCAAACUUGAAUGAAGAUAAAUCCAAACCAAAAUCAACUGUGACUCCAAGCCCUCUGAACACACCCGACUUCUUCUCUAAAGGAUUUGAUGAGAUGGACAUGGAUGAUGUCAUGAAAAACUAUUCCUCUACAAAUCUGAACCAGCAGGAAGAAGAGAAAGAACCUGAAAAGCCACCUCCAGAAGCCAAAGAAGACUCGACACCUCCUUCAGACUACAACCUGAUCAAACAAGUUGGGACCAAAAUCAAGAAGACAAAAGAAAGUAGGAAUUCUGAUAUCAAAGAAACCAAAAAUUUAGAAGAUGAAAAAGCCAACCAGUACGGCCUUCAAGAUGAUGUGGACUUCCACAUGAAGAAGAUGAAGGUCUCUAAAGAUGAUAUCCGGACAGACCAGAGAAACUCCUCACUCAAGGUGUCUAAGAGUAGUGGAAGCUACAAAGAGGACAUCAUCCUUGAUCCUGUGAUUGAUGAUAACCUAGAGGAAACUAAAGAUCCCAAGAAUAUCACAGGGUCUCAAAGCUUGGAAGGGAAAGAAACAACACCUGAGAAGGCCGAAAAUCACUCUGAAAAUAGCCCAAAAGAAGACACUCUUGCAAACUCAGACUCAAAGUAUGCAACUGUGAGCAUUCUUUCGGAGAUGAAAGAAAAAGAAACCCAUCCACACCAAGAAAGUGCGAAUAAGCUGGCUGAUCUGAUAUACUCAGCGAUGCUUGCUGAGAUAAAAGCUGAGUUAUUUCCUCCCCGCCCUCUCUUCUUACUAACAGCAGAUCUGGACAAAAUAGAACUUGAGCAAGCUAUGAUCUACCUGAACGAUAUGUCUGUAGAAAAGGAAGCAGAGCUCCUUAAAGAGUUUCUCAAAUACUCUGGCAGUGAUGAUAUCGAUCUAUCAUCAUGGGAUGAUACCAACGAAAAUGAUAAUGGUAAGACAGACAACAAGAUGUUCUCAGACAGCGGUAAAUUAGUCCUCUACGGAAGACCAGGCAUUUCAACAGACCUCUUCUCUAUUGAAAAAUAUGUUGACGAACUUGCUGAUGAAGUUGAUGCAAAAUGAAAAUCAAAAUUCCUGACAGACACAUUCACUGCAAUCAGGCAUGACUCUAUUAAAAGACUAAAUCAAUUGCAAAAUUCUGAUAUUGGGUGCUAUGAUCACUUCGAGACAGACCUGAACUCGAUUGCCAUCCUUCCUCUUGAAGUUUAUCUAGAACUUGAGAAAAAGCGGAAGUCAGAAGAAUCAAAUUCAUCUGAUUCGAAUUCAAACAAUUCACAAAAUUAUGACUCGAGAAAAAAUCCUCAGGAGACAAAGCUAUUAAAGGAAUGUGAGCAUAUACACAACAAAGCUCUCUUCGACUCGAUCAAUGAAUCGCUACUUCAGUUCAAGCCAUACGGCAAGGAUGGGGAACCUAUGCCAUGGUCUAAGAAGCAGAGAAAGCUCCAAAAGACCCCCAUUCAAAAAGAUAUUGACAUUAAGAAAAUGUUCGAAAUCAUCAAGCAUGACAUGUUCAGGUGGUCUAUCAUGCAAGCAGGAACUCUACCUCGCCAAGAGUUCAUCUUUAGUGAGGUCUUUGAUGAGGAACUUUUUGCAGAAAUCCGUGAGAAAAAGCUUGCCACUCUCCUCGCUACAGAAGUUAUUGAAAAUGAAUUCGAUUGGCUCAAUUACGACUUCGAAGAAGCUCAAGUAAGGAUAGAUCUAGGCGACAUGAUCCUUGAGCAUCUUGUCACUGAAACAAUCUCUAUCUCAAACAAAAUAGAGCAAAGCCCUGCAGAAUCAGGCAGUAUCUUCAGCAAGAAGCUAGAAUUAGUGAAGCCUUCAGAUGACUCAUCUAAGAAAGAUAGUAAGAAGAAAUAAUUAAUUUAUUGUGUUCAUUAAUAACUC